AAAUUCACGAGUCAUAUGAUCGAUUCGUGAUUAUCGUCAGCCCAAAUCACUCGUCUCCUCGUCUUCUCCGAGUGCAAAGAUGGCUAGCCAGACCCAGGGUAUCCAGCAGCUCCUGGCAGCUGAGAAAAAAGCAGCGGAUAAGGUCACAGAAGCCAGAAAACGCAAAGCUCGCAGAUUGAAGCAGGCGAAGGAAGAGGCUCAAGAGGAGAUUGAAAAGUACAGGCAAGAACGAGAGAGGCAGUUCAGGGAGUUCGAAGCCAAGCAUAUGGGCUCCAAAGAGGAUGUGGCAGCACGCAUUGAUGCAGACACUAAAAUCAAGAUUGAAGAAAUGAACAAAGGUGUCGCCGGUCACAAGGAUAAGGUCAUAGAAGAGAUUCUGCAGUUGGUGUACAACAUCAAGCCAGAAUUGCACAGAAAUUACCAGAUCGAAGCCUAAGCCACGAAAAGCCUCACAAACCAAUCUAAUAAUAUAAAUAAACCUAAAAAAAUAUAUAAAAAUUAUCAUAAUAUUACAUGUAAAUUGAAUAAUACGCCUCUUAUCUCAUAUCUCCCCCAGAGGAUAUAUAUCGUCGUUGAUCUAUUGUAUUUGCAAAGUAAAUACCAUGAAAUGUUAUUGAAUUGUACACUUAGUAGUCUAGCCAGUAACACUCAAACUCUAGUGAACGAAACAUGCAAUACAAUACAAAAAUACAACUAUAUUAUCCCAUAGCACACAGUGGCUUCAUCCAAGUCUUUAAAGACAAUAAAGAAAAAAAUCAUCAGUUUCAGUCGCUUAGAAAAUGUUUUGGUGUGAAACAAUGAGUUGACAGUUUGAGUAUUACUGUUAGUUAAUUAAGUAAUUAAAAGGAUUAUAUUAUAAAUGUAACUUUCAAAACGAAAAACAAUCGUUUCCACGUGUCAAGGCCUAGACACGUUUGAAGGCGAUUUUCAAUCGUUGAAGAAGAUAUGAAUAAUGUUUUUCAUUAAUUUUAUGCAGCUUCAGGAAAAUUCAAACGAGAAAAUAAAUCCAAAGACAUUUAAUUCAAGUAAAUUCAAGUGAAAUUGACAAAUUUCUUUUAGACUUGCGCAGUUUUCAGUAGUGCAAUGUUUUUUAAUUAAAAAAUUAUUUUUAAUGUUCAAAUGCGGAGAAAUAAAAAGCUUCAUAUCUUCUUCCAAAUAAUUUUAAAUAUUCAUUUAACGUUUUAAUUAAGGUGGUGGCUAUAGGAUCAUGUAUCUAGAUGAAUGUUGUUACAUUAGGCUUCAUUCCAUGUUGUUCUGUUACUACGAGGACAAUUGUAAAUCAAUUAAUCGAUUGUUUACGGUACAGCCUCCCUGGAUUCUCGUCAGCUCCCACUAAUCGAGGAUCUCGGGACGAUAUACCUUUAACCCAGCUCUUUUCGCCUUAAUGUUAAUGGAGUAUUGUUAAAAAAAAACAAUGUGGAGAUUUCUCUGAAUCGUGUGUACAUCUGUAUGAGCCGACUGUCUGUACAGUAUUAGCAUCGAAAUAAAUGAUUUAAAAACACAAA